UUUGUCGUCUAAUAAGAUUUUAAUAAAAAUAAUGGCAGAAGAAAGCUGAUCGAUCCUUGUUUUGUUUGGUACAAAUUACAUUUCUAAAAUAAGUACAUAAUAUCUAAAUUGUUUCUUUACUUACAAGCUAUUCCGAAGAUAGUGAUAAUGGUUUAAUAUUGUCAGCGUUUUGAGGAAUCCUUUCCGUCGGAGAAAUAAUGUUUGUUCGUGUGGAAUAAAUUAAAUUGUUACUUAGAAAACAAAAAUGCGGUGUUGCGUAUCAAACUGUAAAAAUGACUCCAGACACAUUUCGAAGUCCCAGGGAAUCACAUUUCAUGUAUUCCCAACGGACCCUUUACUCCGCGCAGCAUGGCUCUGCGCACUCAACAAAAAGAGUUGGGAGCCAAAGGAUCGCAGCACAGUAUGCUCAGAGCAUUUCCUGUGCGAAGACUUGUAUGAGACUAAAAAUGGCAUGAGGAAAGUGCGGAUAACGGCUGUGCCCGUUGUGUUACCGGACACAAUGCAACCCACCAGUCACCAAGGGAACCCGGCCAGUUUAAAGGCCUGCCGAAUAUGUCUCGCCGUGGAUGUCAAAUUGUUUUCAAUAAAAAAAUAUAAUCUCGAGGAGGCAUACGAAACUCUCACCGGCCUGUCGCUGAACACCGAAGAGCGCUUACCACAGAAAUUAUGCGCGGAAUGUGCACAAAGGUUGUACAAUUGUGGCAAUUUUCGGACCAAGAGUCUGAGAGCCAACUCUCUCAUGAUGAAAAUUAUCGACAAACAUAAUAAUCUGUCUUUAGAAAACAUUAAAAGUAUAAAUCGAAAUAAUAACCGGUUAGCGUCCAAUCUUGUUACCACACAAUUUGAACCAAACCAUUGUGAUUUACACGUGGAAUUUGACGAAACAGCCGUCCCGAAACCUUUAGAUGUUGAUGUUGACAUCAAGACUGAAGAUGACGAAAUUUACAUGAACGACGGAGACGCCAAAAUUGAUUUCGCCGAAAAUUUCGACGUUAAAAAUGAUUCUAGUACUGACAGCGCAAAAGUUGAGACUGAAAAUGAAACUGCCGAUGACGGAAUCGACGCUGAUAACGAUGAUAAUUAUAUCCAAGAUGAUUACUCGACGGACGACACUCUGCCGCUGAAAAAGUGUAAGGAAAAGCAGAAAGUGAAAAAGAAGAGUGUGAAAAAAGUGAACAAGAAAGCAGAAGAUGUUCAACCGAAGAUUGAUCGGAGAAGGAAGCCGUUCUUGAAUGAUGAUUUGAAUGAAACAUUGUUCACGAUUACUGAUUUAACGUUUGAGGAGCAAGUCGCCGAGAUUCUCAAAAGGAGGGAAAGUGCCAAUUAUAAAAAUUCAGUGUUCAAAUGUGCGGAGUGUUUCAAAGGGUUUUUGGAUGAAGAAGCUUAUAAUUCGCACAUGACUAGGCAUUCUGUGGAAUUCGGCGAGUACCAAUGCGACAUAUGCAAGACCCAUUUCAAACAUCCGCACGCCCUACGCAAACAUAUAACGGCACAUCACACGCAGAGGUUCAACUGUAAUCAAUGUCCGUACGAGACCACGCACAGGCAGACGGCGCGGUUGCACGAGAGAUGGCACAAGGGCACCAAGUACAAGUGUCCGCAUUGUCAGGACGAGUUCGUUAAGUUCACAACAUACAUGGGCCACAUCAGGAUUAAACACCCGUCAGAUUUCGUUUGCCAACUAUGCGGGUACUCUUUUGUAAGCGAAAAAGGUAUUCAGCUGCAUAAGAAAUUGAAGCACAGAUUGGACGAAGUUCAGAUACCAGAAGACGGGCCCUUCUGCGAACUCUGUAACGUGCGGUUCGUAUCUGCUGAAGCCUUAAAAAGACACAUCAGUGUGUCGGCCAGGCACAACACUAGCGAUGAGAACGGCAGGGAAGCGAACAAGCCGAAAAAAGGUCGCAAAUCUAAAGACGCGAAAGAGAGGGGGGCGCGUGCGAGAGAGAAGGAAGACGAAGAGGAAGACAAACAGUACGCCGGCCAGUUGAGGAAAGCUGAAGGACCCAUACCGUGUGAACAGUGCGGCCUACAACUGGAGGACUCCCGCGCAUACCACGGCCACUUCCGCCGGAUGCAUCCGGACAAGAACCGGACCAAUUAUCCCAGUAUGAAGUCGCCUUGUAUGUGCGAAGUGUGCGGUAGAAUGUUUCAGAGUUACGCGCUACUGAAAGACCACACGUGGGUUCACACCGGCGAGAGGCCGUUCAAGUGCGAAUCCUGCGGCAAGGCGUUCCGCAUGAAGCAGCGGCUGGUGGCGCACAGAAGGGUGCACAGCGCGGAUAAGCUGACGUACGGUUGCGCUCUGUGCGGGAAACAGUUCUCCACGCACAGCAACCGGCAGAGGCACAUGUUUAUUCACACGGGCCUCAAGCCAUUCAAAUGUGAAAUGUGCGGCAAGGGGUUCAAACACGCCAGCGAGAAACGUGCUCACAUCACUUAUGUGCACUUGAAGAAACCCUGGCCGAAGCGGUCUAGAGGGAAACGACGGAAUGACGGACGAACGGGACCCAUGGCGCCGCAGUCAAUACCCACCGGUGGGGACAUCGAGAUGACGUCAUUGUGGCCCAUGUGCGAACCCAAGCUGGGUGAUAUGAACAACAUGAUAGAAGACAAACCUAUGUAUUAUAAUAUCAAGAUUUAGUGAUAUGAUUAAUUAUACAUACAUAAAAUCACGCCUUUUUCCCGGAGGGGUAGGCAGAGACUACCUCUUUUCACUUGCCACGAUCUCUGCAUACUUCCUUCGCUUCAUCCACAUUCGUAACUCUUCUUCAUGCAAGCUCGGCGGUUUCGGGUACUUUUGACAUGACCCUUUACCAGAUUAAUUAUAAAUAAUGAUUAUCCUACUAAUAUUAUAAAUGCGAAAGUUUGUAUGUCAGGAUGUCAGUAUGGAUGUUUGUUACUCUUUCACGCAAAAACUGCUGAACUGAUUAAGAUGAUAUUUGGUAUGUAGGUAGCUGAAGACUCAGAAUAAAAUAUGGGCUACUUUUUAUCCCGAAAUUCCUGCGGGAUUGAUUCCACGCGGACGAAGUCGCAGGCGGCCUCUAGUUAUUAAUAAAUUAGUAUUAAUGAUGAUUAGUAAUAAUUAUUACUUGUCCAACUAUGUUAUAUUAGGUAUAGCUAUUCUCCGUAUUGAGAGAGGGUCGGUGGUUGAAUAGGUAAUGUGUCCGGUUAGAAUGCGUGACGCGUAAAAAGGUACAGGUUCGAAUCACCGCGGCCGUGUACAAAUGACUAUUUUAGAAGUUAUUUACAUUAGUUUUAAUACUAAAUUAUGCUAUUGUGGUGUGGAAUAUCUUCGUGUGGAAAUGGCACAUUCAGGUUACAGAAUCUGUAGUCAUGAUUUGAAAUUUAGAUUUAUCUAUACUUAUAUUAUAAAGCUGAAGAUUUUGUUUGUUUGUUUGAACGCGCUAAUCUCAGGAACUACUAGUUCUUUUUGAAAAAUUAUUUUUGCGUUGAAUAGAUCAUUUAUCGAGGAAGGCUUUAGGCUAUUAUAUAACAUCACGCUGCAACUAUUAGGAGCAAAGAAAUAAUGGAGAAUGUGAAGAAAAUCGGGGAAAAUUAUUCAUCCUUGAAGGCUUCAAUGAUGCCCGAAAUAACUAUUCCACGCGGACGAAAUCGCGGGCACAGCUAGUCUAUUAUAUAGUGUGUUUACAUUUUAUUUAAGCAUCACAUUAUUAAAUUAGAAUGGUAUAAUUUAAUCGAUCUCUUAACGUUUUAAUUUUUACUAUUUAAGCAGUAAUAUUAUUUUACUAAUAAUAAUUAUUAAUAAUAGAAAUGUAAUUUAUUACUAAGAGAAACAAAAUACAAGAAUCCAAUUU